CAGUGAUGACUCCGGCAGUGACUUUGAGGCCACUCUGCAGCCAUGUGGCAAACUGGGACCCCAGCAGGGGCCAAAGCACAGCCAGGUCAGGAAGCGUCCCCGGGUGAUGGAGCCAAACGGUGACCGCAGCAGCACACCCACAGUCAACCCGGAGCCGAGCACCCUCUUUGAAGCCAUUAAAUCGGCCAAAAUCGCCGUGGAGACGGUGGUGGAUGACUGGUUGGAGACCUACAAGCGAGACCGUGAGACAGGGUUCUUGGAGCUCAUCAACUUUAUUGUCUGCUCCUGCGGUUGCCAAGGUGUGGUGACACCAGAAAUGUUCAGGGACCUGCAGAACUCGGAGAUCAUCCAGCAGCUGACGGAGCAGUUCAAGGAGGAUUCAUCCGAGUACCCCCUUUCUCUCAGCACCCGACCCUGGCGCCGUUUCCGGGCUGGGUUUUGCGAGCUGCUGACAGCAGUGGUGCAGCGAUGCCAAUACAGCAUCAUCUAUGAUGAAUUCCUGAUGGGUUCCCUCAUCUCCUUCCUCAUCAGCCUCACUGAUUCCCAAGUACGGGCUUUCCGCCACACCAGCACCCUGGCAGCCAUGAAGGUGAUGUCGGCGCUGGUCAAGGUGGCGUUGGGCGUGAGCGUGCACCAGGAGAACAACCUGCGGCAAUACGAGGCCGAGCGGAGCAAGGGGCCCGGCCGCCGCGCCACCGAGAAGCUGGAGGCGUUGAUGGUGAAGCGCCAGGAGCUCAGAGAGCAGCAGGAGGAGAUUGAGAGCAUGAUGAACGCCAUCUUCAAGGGUGUCUUCGUACAUCGCUACAGAUUUGAGGGUGAGCGGCAGCAGACCCCUGGCAUUGCUGUGUGGUGCAGGGACGUGGUGCCGGACAUCCGAGCCAUCUGCAUGGAGGAGCUGGGGACGUGGAUGAAGACCUACGCGGCUUCCUUCCUCACCGACAGCUACCUCAAGUACAUCGGGUGGACCUUGUAUGACAAGCAGUGGGAGGUGCGCCUGCAGUGCGUGAAGGCAUUGCAGGGGCUCUACGGCCACCGGGACACGGCUGCCCACAUGGAACUCUUCACCAGGCGCUUCAAGACACGCAUGGUGUCCAUGGUGCUCGACAAGGAGCUCAGCGUGGCCGUGGAGGUGGUGAAGCUGUUGACACUGAUGCUGGAGAACAUGGAGGAGGCACUGACGGAUGAGGACUGCCAGAGCGUGUACCCUGUUGUCUUUGUAUCCAACCGGCCUCUCGCCACUGCCGCUGGGAUUUUCCUCUACCGCCGGCUGCUGGACCCCCAGCAAGGUGCGGGCGUGGAUGCAUCUCACGACAGGGACAACAGGACCUUCUUUCAUGUCCUUCUGACCUUCUUCAUCGAGAUCGAGCUCCAUGAGCACGCAGCCUACUUGGUGGACAGCCUGUGGGACUGCGCCGGGCCUCGGCUGCGGGACUGGGAGACCAUCAGUGCUUUGCUGCUGGAGGAGUCACCUGCUGAGGUUCUGGGAGACCAGCAGGAGAAGGCGCUGGUGGAGAUCCUGGCAGCCAGCGUGGUCCAGGCAGCUGAGGGGCAACCACCUGUGGGCCGUGAGCCAGCCAAGAAGCCUUCAUCCCGAGAGCGGAAGGUGCAGAUGGAGGAAAGAAUCCGCCUUACCCACUGCCUUAUCCCAGCUCUUCCCAAGCUGCUGGGCAAGUUUUCAGCAGAUGCUGAGAAGGCGGCUCCGCUCCUGGAGGUCUUGUGCUGCUUCGACCUCAGCAUCUACUGCACCGGGCGGCUGGAGAAGCACCUGGAGCUGGUGCUGGAGCAGCUGGAGGAGGUGGUGCAGAAACACACGGAGCAGACGGUGCUGGAAGCUGCAUCCCGCGCACUCCACGCGCUCUGUGACCCUGAGCUGGCCCUGCAGCGGCACGGGGACCGGGUGCGGAGCCGCCUGGCUGACCAGCUGGCAGACAAGUUCAACCAGGAGGUCACCGAGAUGCUCCAGGCCUCAUCCCUGGACGAGGAGGAAGUGUACAGCAUGGCAGCCACACUGAAGAGGAUCUCCAUCCUGUUCAACGCCCAUGACCUGACGCCCUGGCAGCUCUUUGAUCCCUGCACCCAGCUCCUGCAACGUGCCGUGGACACGGGUGAGGUGCCACCGCAGGUCCUUGUCCCCACCAUCACCUGCCUCUAUUUCCACAUCCUCUGGGAGCUCUCUUGCUUGCCCAGCACCGAUGUCCCUGAGGAGCAGCUGCAGAGCCUGAAGACCAAAGUCAUCACCUUCUGCUCUCUGUGCCACAGCUGCCUGUCCGACGUGGACACUGGCAUCCGGGAACAGGUACACAGGAACCUGGAGGGAUGGGAAGAGAUGGAACCAGCCCUGAUGCCAAGCCCAUCCUUGUGUUCUCAGGCCUUCAGAGUGCUCAGCGACCUGCUGCUGGUGUUGGGGCCACGGUUGCCAGAGGACGGGCGAGAGGAGCUGGCUCCCCUGGUGCUACGUCCCGAUGCUGAGCUGCAAUCCCAGCUGGCCGCCUUCCUCAUGGACCACGUCUUCUACCCUGCUUAUAGCCACGAGCAGCUCUUGGCCACUGAGGACAGUGAGAGCCGCAUCGAGGAGCUGCACCGACGCCGCGUGCUUCUGGCCGGCUUCUGCAAACUCAUCAUCUACGGCGUCUUGGAGCUCAGCGCCGCUUCCGACGUCUUCAAGCACUACACCAAGUUUUACAGCGAUUAUGGGGACAUCAUCAAAGAAACGCUCAGCUUGACCCGGCAGAUCGACCGGCAGGAGUGGGCUCGCACGCUGCUCCUCAGCCUGCAGCAGCUGAUGACAGAGCUGCUGCACCAGGAAGGUCCUGACAUCCGGGUGUCGGAAGCUUUCCCAGAAAUCCGGGACUUGGCGCGAAGGUUUUCCCUCUUCUUCAGCCUCCACCAGCUCCGAAGCCGCCCGCUGCUGCUCAACAUCCACAGGGAAGGGAUUCUGUUUGCUUUCCAGAAGAUCCCGGGCUCAGAACCGGGAUCUCCACCCCUCAAUUUACCCUUCCUGGAGGUGCUGAGCGAGUUUUCGCCCUGUGUGCUGCGCCCAGAUAAAGCUUUGCUCUUAACCUACCUGGACAAGGUGUCCCGGGAGCAGCUCGGGGUGCUGGCACCAGGUGACACAGGGCAGUGGCAUCCCCUUGUCACCUACCGCAACUCGCUACAGCCACAGGAUGAGGGGGGGACCGGGGAGAGCAGCCGUGGUGCAGCGCCCACCCCACACCGCACCAAGAGACCCCGCCUGGAGGGCCCCUGACUCCAGCCCAUUGCCGAGCACCCACCCUUCCAGCCCAGCCUUGACCUCCACCAUGUUACGGGGUGACCCCCGGCCCCCCCAGCUCUCCCCUCAGCCACUGUUCUCCGGCUC